UAUCUUGGAAUCCUGCACAUUGCGGGCUGCUAACGUGAAGGGUUGAGUCAGAUGGAGCUGUUGCUUUAAAAUUUACAUAGGAGACUUGUAUUGCUUUUAACCCUUUCAGCCUGGGAGGUAUACACAGCAGCUUGCUGGAAGGGCUACAAAAUAAUGGGAACUUCUUCUACCAGCUCUUCGGUGUCGUUGGGUGGACCGCAGCUGUUCCAGGGGGUGGUCUGGUUCUGCAUGUCUCUGGAGGGAGAUGGUUUACUUUUUUUUUUUUUUUCUCAGUGAAGCUGGAAGGAGGGCUUGUUAAGAGGAGGAUGUUGUGAUUGGGUUUGCUGUCUGCUGCCUGGGAUUCACUGCAGGCAGAACAAAGCGAAUGCUACUCUCCAGCCUUGGCUCCAACAAAACCCUAAGCAUUGGCAACUGAUAGGAUCAUGCAGGCACCAAGGAGCUACUGACUGUGCUAGAUAUAAUUGGAUUGAUUUCCCAUCUGUAUUAUUGACCCCAACGCCAAACCAGUUGGAAAGGACAAUAUUGUGCAACAGUUUGGACCAUCUAUAUUACUAUCCUUGUGUGCUUGGAGACUUUGACAACGGUGAUUAUGGAAACUCUCUCACAAGAUUCUCUAAUGGAGUGCCAAAUAUGCUUUAACUAUUAUAGCCCUCGGAGGAGACCGAAGUUACUUGAUUGUAAACAUACCUGCUGCUCCAUCUGCUUGCAGCAAAUGAGAGCCAGCCAAAAAGACCUUAGAUGCCCCUGGUGCAGAGGUGUUACAAAAUUGCCACCUGGUUAUUCUGUAUCUCAGCUUCCCGAUGACCCAGAUGUAAUUGCUGUCAUUGCAAUUCCGCAUACUUCAGAGAACACACCUGUCUUUAUUAAGCUGCCUAGUAAUGGGUGCUACAUGUGGCCAAUGCCUGUUAACAAGGAACGGGCAUUAUUGCCAGGUGAUAUUGGAUGCCGUCUUCUACCAGGAAACCAACAGAAACCAGUCACUGUUGUGGCUAUGCCAAUGGAACAACAUCCUUUACAAGGUAGCAUUCAACAGGAUAUUGUAGAAGAAGAGCAUGAAAGAAGAGGGGUCGUUAAAAGUUCUACAUGGUCUGGCGUUUGCACUGUGAUUUUGGUAGCAUGUGUAUUGGUCUUCCUUCUUGGAAUUGUCCUCCACAACAUGUCUUGCAUUUCAAAGCGUUUUACUGUGAUUUCCUGUGGCUGAAACAGACUCAACUUACCUUAUAUGUCAUCUUUUGGUUUUCUCAACAUAGGGCAAGUUCAAAAUAGAGCAAACUUACACAGCAGCAUUGUAAACUGGGAAAAAUACCAACUCAAAGCAGGGUGGGGACUUGUUAACUUAUAUAUAAUAAGUAAUAAGCCCUAUGAGAGGGCUGUCCAUGCCUAACAGUAUGGUUCGAAUUAAUGAAGAUUGCAUGCACAGCCAUAAUUUCUUCACAAACUGGACUUGUGAGGUAUUUUUGAGCGUAGGGUAGUAAGACUUUUUCUUCUUAGCUCAUUGUGCUAUGGCCAUAUACAUCGGGCAUCUUGACCAAGUAAUGUUUUCGUUGAACCUUAAAAUAUUUUACGUACCUACCUUGAAUUUAGAGGAAUACAAACAAUAACCCUGACAUUUUAAGAAAAGGGGGAAGAAGUAAUUCAUCAUAUUUCAAAUUGCAGAGGCAAUUAUAACAAAAAAAAAAAAGAAAUUGUUAAGUUACAUGCAGCCAAAUGUAUCUUGCUACAUCUCAGGUCUUCUACUGAUGAUUAACAUAUUCCUCUUAUGAUGGUAAUCUUUAUUAGUGAUACAUUGGGAAUUAUCUUGCAAUAGAUGGAUUGUCUCAAAUGUC